GUAUAAAAAGGAAAUAAAUUAAACGUUUUUUUAAAUGACGUCGCCGUUGUUAUCACCGUCUCACCGUAGAAAACGCCGUCUCACUCACCUCUUCUACACCGUAUUCGCUUUCAUCUUAGUCGCCGUCUUCAUCUACGGCCACGAUUUCAUCUCUUUCUCUCAUCGUUCCCUUCACUCCCCUACGAUCCUCCACCAAUCCGCUGUCGUUGUUGUUGUCGACGAACCUCCUCCUCCUCCUCCGCCACCAUCUCCUCCACCGCCUACUCCGCUACUAUCUCCUCCGCCGCCAUCUCCUCCACCGCCCUCACCUCCGCCGCCGGCUUUUGCGGUAGGGAAGACGCCGGAAGGAUGCGAUGUGUUCAGAGGGAAUUGGGUCAAAGACUGGUCAACGCGUCCGUUUUACAGAGAAUCGGAGUGUCCGUACAUUCAGCCGCAGCUCACUUGCCGCACGCAUGGCCGUCCCGAUAGUGAUUAUCAGUCAUGGAGAUGGCAACCUGAGUCAUGCUCGCUUCCUUCGUUUAACGCGACGGUGAUGUUGGAGAGCUUAAGAGGGAAGAAGAUGAUGUUUGUUGGAGACUCGUUGAACAGAGGAAUGUAUGUUUCUCUGAUCUGUCUUCUUCAUUCACAAAUCCCAGAAAAAUCUAAAUCAAUGGAUACGUUUGGUUCCCUCACCGUCUUCUCUCUCAAGGAUUACAAUGCAACGAUUGAGUUCUAUUGGGCACCGUUUCUUCUAGAAUCGAAUUCAGAUAACGCUACUGUUCAUAGAGUAUCAGAUCGGAUUGUGAGGAAAGGCUCGAUUAACAAACACGGUAGGCAUUGGCGUGGUGCUGAUAUAGUCGUGUUCAACACAUACUUGUGGUGGAGGACUGGCUUCAAAAUGAAGAUCUUGGAAGGUUCUUUCAAGGAUGAGAACAAGAAAAUUGUUGAGAUGGAGAGCGAUGAUGCAUAUCGAAUGGCACUGAAGACUAUGGUUAAAUGGGUGAAGAAGAAUAUGGAUCCAUUGAAGACAAGGGUUUUCUUUGCUACCAUGUCUCCUACUCACUACAAGGGCGAGGAUUGGGGUGGCGAACAAGGAAAGAAUUGUUACAAUCAAACAACUCCGAUCCAAGACAUGAACCAUUGGCCAUCAGACUGCAGCAAAACCUUAAUGAAAGUGAUAGGAGAAGAACUAGACAACAGAGCGGAUUUCCCGGUGACUGUACUUAACAUCACACAACUCUCCGGCUAUCGGAAAGACGCACACACAUCAAUCUACAAGAAGCAAUGGAGCCCAUUGACUAAGGAGCAGCUAGCAAAUCCGUCUAGCUACUCGGAUUGCAUACAUUGGUGUUUACCUGGUCUUCAAGAUACUUGGAAUGAGCUUCUCUUUGCUAAGUUAUUUUAUCCAUAAUUCUUUUCUCUAUAUUUAAGAUUUUAUUUAGAACUGUAAUUGUAAAUUAUGGUUAAAUUUUCUGUUUAUUUUGUAUGUACACUAUUGUUCUACAAAGAGGAGAAAAAGAGUAACUCUGCCGUUCUCUAUAUUAAACUCAAUAGAUGAGAUAACAAAAAGGAAAUAACAAAAACUAUAGAGUUAUUUAAUA